GAUGAUGAUAAAUAUAACAGUGAAUCAAAGGAUCCAAAUGUAAAAAAAUUUUGGAACCUAGCCAAGAACACAAUAAACAAUUACAAGUAUAUUGAAUAUUCACUCUUUAUUGAAGAACAAUCCCAAAAAUAUGGUAUAUCCAAGGAAACAAAGACAAAUUGUGUGUUCAAGAUGAAUCAAGCAAAAUUCAAUAUUUCUAAAUUAAAAUAUGAAGAUGUUAACAUUGUUGUAAAGGUUAUAGCAAACAACAUUAUGAAGAUAGAGUUGUUAGAAAAUGGUCCUCUGUUAUCCGGAAUUCUAGACAUGAGAUCAUUACAGAAAAACAUAAUAAAAGAAUUAAAAUUAUAUGAUAUUUGGAACAAAGUAAAUGAAAGCAUCAAGGUUAUUGAUCUUCCGGAAGGACUUGAAGAAAAUUUGGCUUCUAGUAUUAUAAGAAUAAAAAAUAUUCAAAUGUAUUCAAAACAUGAAGAAAUUCAUGAACCAACAUGGUCUCACAACUUGGCAAAUCCAAUAAUACAAUUAUUGUUUUAUAAUCUUCCUAAUAUGUCUUAUCAAUGCAACGAGAGAAAGAAACAAUGGAUGGAUGGUCCAUGGAAAAAACCAGAUAUUCAUGGUUUUAUAUUUGGAAAAUUCUUAAUAUGGGAAAUUUGCUAUGGCGAAAUUAGCAAUGGGCCAAGAAAAAGAAGUGCUAGCAACACUGAUCAUACACGAAAUGAUCAUAAUAAAUUAUUGAAAUUUCAAAGGAUGGUUGGGAAAAGAUGUUAUCUUAUUUCAGGAACAAACAGAUCAACACUGAAAAAUUUUUCAACAUUGAGAUGA